GCAGUUGUGUAUAACAUGAAAGAAUUUAUAAUAUUUUUAUUAUACGCAACGAAUAUACAAUGUUUGGUAUUAAAUGUAAAAGAUAAAUCCGAGGAUAAAGAUGAAGGUAAAAGCAGUUUGGCAUUCGUGUUUGACACAACUGGCUCAAUGUCGAAUGACCUUAAACAGUUACGAGAAGGUGCGGAAAUGAUUUUAAAAACUGCACUGGAAGAAAGCAAUAUUAUAGCUGAUUUUGUUUUUGUGCCGUUUCAUGAUCCCAAUAUAGGUCCAGCGACUGUAACAAAGAGCAAAAAAGUAUUUAAAGCCGCUUUAAAUAUAAUCCAUGUUAAGGGGGGCGGGGAUUGUCCCGAGAAGUCCCUAGGCGGAGUACUCUUAGCGCUCAGUGUAAGUCGACCUCGGUCUUACGUGUACGUUUUUACUGAUGCAUCUGCGUCCGAUCACAAGAUCGUUGGAAAGGUAUUAGAUGCAGUGCAAAGGAAACAGAGUCAGGUGGUGUUCGUGCUAACUGGACACUGUAAUGACGUGAAGCGGCAGACGUACAAAGUGUACCAGCAAGUCGCCACCGCCAGCUCCGGGCAAGUGUUCAACUUGAACAAGACCAAUGUGCAUAAUGUAUGUUGA